AUCGAUCGGUCAAUUUCCCACCCCUCCAAGCCCCGCGGCCAGGCUCCUGUAAGCCGCCCGCCUGCCGCCGGCUCUCGGGGUCGGCUCCAGGGGGCGCCCUCAGGAGAGGGGCGGGUGCUCACAUUCCAGAGACCGGCCGGCAGGGCGGCCACCGUGGUGGGGCUCUUUCCCCUUUUCGCCGCAGCAAUCCCUCAGCUCCGUAGUCGCCACUUCGGGGUCGCAGCCGUUUGAAGCGGGAGCAGCUCGGCCCCCACGCUGUCCCCCUCGCCGCCUCUGGGUCCAGGCUCCUCGCGGAUCCCGCCGCCGUCAUGAGGCUGCGGGUACGGCUUGAGAAGCGGACCCAGCCGCUGGAGGUACCCGAGGCGGAGCCGACGCUGGGGCAGCUGCGCACGCACCUGAGCCUGGCCUUGCUGCCCACCUGGGGCUACAGUUCUGAUACCCGAUUUGCAAUUACAUUGAACAACAAGGAUGCCCUCACUGGAGAUGAAGAGACCUUGGCUUCAUAUGGGAUUGUUUCUGGGGACUUGAUAUGUUUGGUUCUUGAAGAUGCCAUUCCAGCACCUAAUUUACCUUCAUCCACAGAUUCAGAGCAUUCUUCACUCCAGAAUAAUGACCAACCCUCUUUGGCCACUAGCUGCAAUCAGACCAGCAUACAGGAUGAACAACUGAGUGAUUCAUUCCAAGGACAGGGAGCCCAGUCUGAUGUCUGGAAUGACGACAAUAUGUCAGGGCCCAGCCAAAAUUUUGAAGCUGAGUCAAUUCAAGAUAUUGUGGAUAUGGAAGAGAGCAUAGGUUUCUAUCCCUCAGAACCCAUGCUCUGCAGUGAAUCGGUGGAAGGCCAAGUGCCACAUUCAUUAGAGACCUUGUAUCAAUCAGCUGACUGUUCUGAUGCCAAUGAUGCCUUGAUAGUGUUGAUACAUCUUCUCAUGUUGGAGUCAGGUUACACACCUCAGGGCACUGAAGCCAAAGCAAUGUCCAUGCCAGAAAAGUGGAAGUUGAGUGGGGUGUAUAAGCUGCAGUACCUGCAUCCUCUCUGCGAGGGCGGCUCUGCUGCUCUCACCUGUGUGCCUUUGGGAAACCUGAUUGUUGUAAAUGCUACGCUAAAAAUCAACAGUGAGAUUAGAAGUGUGAAAAGAUUGCAGCUGCUACCAGAAUCUUUUAUUUGCAAAGAGAAACUAGGGGAAAAUGUAGCCAAGAUAUACAAAGAUCUUCAGAAGCUCUCCCGCCUCUUUAAAGACCAGCUGGUAUAUCCUCUUCUGGCUUUUACCCGACAAGCACUGAACCUACCAGAUGUAUUUGGUUUGGUCGUCCUCCCACUGGAACUGAAACUACGGAUCUUCCGACUUUUGGAUGUUCGUUCCAUCCUGUCUUUGUCUGCAGUUUGUCGUGACCUCUUUACUGCUUCAAAUGACCCACUCCUGUGGAGGUUUUUAUAUCUUCGUGAUUUUCGAGACAGUACUGUCAGAGUUCAGGACACAGAUUGGAAAGAACUGUACAGGAAGAGGCACAUACAAAGAAAAGAAUCCUCAAGAGGGCGGUUUGUGUUGCUUCUGCCAUCGCCACCUCACCCCAUUCCAUUCUAUCCCAACCCUUUGCACCCUAGGCCAUUUCCUAGCUCCCUCCUUCCUCCGGGAAUUAUCGGGGGUGAAUAUGACCAAAGACCAAUACUUCCGUAUGUUGGAGACCCAAUCAAUUCACUCAUCCCUGGGCCUGGGGAAACACCCAGCCAGUUUCCUCCACUCAGACCACGAUUUGAUCCAAUUGGCCCACUUCCAGGACCUAACCCCAUCUUGCCAGGGCGAGGCAGCCCCAAUGACAGAUUUCCCUUUAGACCCAGCAGGGGUCGGCCAGCUGAUGGCCGGCUUUCGUUCAUGUGACUGAUUUGUAAUCACAUUUCUCGAGCUCCAUUUGUUUUUGUUUCUAAACUACAGAUGUCAACUCCUUGGGGUGCUGAUCUCUAGUGUUAUUUUCUGAUUGUGGUGGUGAGACUUGCACUCCCAGAAGCCUUUUAAUAGAUAUAUUUAUAGCUGUAGGAGUGCUAUGAUCCAAAGGUUCCUCUGUGACAAGGUUGGCCUUGGGAAUAAGUUGGCUGCCAAUCUCCCUGCUCUGGGUGUUCCUCUAGAUUGAAGGUUGUUUCCUGAUGAUGUUCUGUACCAGAUUAAAAAAAAAGUGUAAAUUA